AAGACAAGAUUGGAAGAUUGCAACUUGCAAGCUCAAGCUGGAAGCUGCACAUUUCACAAGUUUAGUGAAAGCAGAAAGUGAGAUAUUCUUUUAAAAAACAUAGUUAAUGCUUUCUCAAAGUGAUUUAUUUACGGCAAUAAUGUCCACUUUGAGUGAUAGUUGAAAUGAUUGAUAAAUCCUAAAUUGAAUUAUAAGGUUCUCGAGACUACUGACAAUCUUGUGGAAACAGUCUAAUCUAGGCUACAUUGUCUUGUUCUGUAUUUUUUUAAUUUAUCAUGCCAAAUAUACACAGACGUGGUGGCAGAGACAGAAAUUAUGGUGACCGUGACAAUCGGGGCGGUGGAGGCGGCGGAAGUCGUGACAAGGAUUACAUCAAUAAUGCGGAAAUGGGCGGAACUGCCAAGCGGGUGUGGUUCAAAGGCGGUCAGCACCGGGACAAUCGUGCAGUCCUAUCGCAGGCCAUUCUGCAGCGGCGGAUUCUGAUCGAUGAUGGAGAUAUCGAUAUGAUGUCGGGAGGUCGAGAUGGCGGCGGCGGGUCUGGCCGCCAUAAUAACAACAACAAUAACAGGUCUAGAGGAUUCAGAAGACAGAACUUUAGCGGCAGAAACCGUAACAAUAAUGGCGGGGGUUUCUCAGGUCCUCCGCCCAAGCGAUUCCUUGAAGAAAGUUUCACUGGAUGGUACAAAGCCAGAGUUGUUGGAGAUGUUCCGUUUGAUAAAGAUGAAACAGUUUCACUGCUAUCUCGACAUAUUGGAUUGCAAUUUAUCGCCUACAGUUUUCAAAAGGUGAAUAACGAAGUAACAUUUUACCUGGAGACCAGAAACGUAGCUGAGAAGCUCAACGAUACAGAUCGUAAAAUCACUCUGCCUGAUGGCCACAAGAUGCGACUCUUUGUGAAGCCAAUCUCCUGUCCGGUUGAUAUGACCGAUGAACUUCGAGAAAACAUCAAACUUGUGAUGGCAAAACGGUAUAGAGCUGAUACUAAAGCACUCGAUCUCAAAAAGUUUCACUCUGAUCCAGAUUUUCUGACCAAAGAACUGCUAGUGCCUCUGAUGAAACCGAACGUGCUGAACGCUGUGGUGCAGACGAUCUGCAAGAACAUUCCAGACAUUGUUGCCAUAGAUCUGUCCGAGAACCGGUUGUCCAGUCUCGACCAGUUGAAGCCGCUCAUCGAAAAGGCAGCAGUGCUGCAAAUCCUGCAUCUGCACAAAAAUAGUAUAAGGCACGAGCGUCAGUUAGACGCACUACAAGGACUGGGAAUCGUUGAACUGAUGCUAGAAGAUAACCCGGUCUGCAACAAAUUGAAGGACAAAACCGCCUAUGUCAGGGAAGUUCGCAAGAGGUUUCCCAACGUCAUCAGACUAGACAACGAAACCCUGCCGCCACCAAUCACUUUCGACAUCGAGAACGACACCCGUCUGAAGCCAAGCCUGGGCAGUUACACGUGCAACCCCGAGGGAGCGCUAGUUGUCAGCCAGUUCAUAGAGCUCUACUACACCAUUUUCGAUAGUGACGACCGUCAACCCCUUAUCAACGCCUACCAUGAAAAGGCGCAGUUCUCGUUUACCUGUUCUCCUGGAAUGGGUUCGUACCUGAGCGACAACCGCAACCUGUUUCUGAUCGGCAACAACGACACACGACUGAAGCUGCUGAAGACUGGCCCCGCCAACAUUGUCUCAUUCCUGUCGUCGAUCGUCAAAACGCAACACGACCCCGCCUCAUUCUGCGUCGAUCUCACCCUGUACACCCCGCAACUGCUGGCGUUGUCGAUAAGCGGUGUGUUCAGAGAGGUGAACAAGAAGGUGCCGAUGCGCUCGUUCAACCGGUCGCUGGUGAUCGUGCCCUCGGGCACCGGCUACUGCAUCAUCAACGACAUGCUCUUCUUCACUUCGGCCAAUCCCGACCAGAUCAGUGAAGCGUUCAAAGUGAUAGCGAACCCCCCAGUGGUAGCAGCCCCCCCGGCGCCGGCCCCUGUCGUGGUCUCACCUGUGAUCCCCACCCCCACCCUCAUCAACCAGCCCACCCUCCAAGUACAGGAGCAGAUGGUCUCGAUGCUGUCGCUACAGACCGGCAUGAAUAUACCCUACUCGAAAAAAUGCAUGGAAGAAAACCAGUGGGACUUCAACAGAGCCCUGUUUGCUUUCAACGAAUGCAACAAAACUGGAUCAAUACCUGCCGAUGCAUUCAUCAAGUGAGUGAAUUCAACGAGAAAAUGCACGAAAACUUUCGAAAAUUCGCAAAAAACUGGACAAUUGUCAUCAUCAUCGCGAUAUCAUAUAAUCAGGUACUUUUGCAAAACAUCUAUCAAUCACUUCGUGAAAAGUUUCGACGUCAGGUAAUUUUGCAAAACAUCUAUCACUUCGUGAACAUUUUCGACAUCAGAUAAUUUUGCAAAACAUGGAUUACCUCAUGAGCUUUUUCGAAGUGCGACAUUGUUUUGUGAGAUAUAAUGUGAUACAUUCUUAUUCGGUUUGGAUAGAACGAACUUGUUCUAUUCGUGGAGUGUUCAGUUUGGAUUCUCGCAAACUGGGCGUAAAAUUGGAAACAUUGAUCAUCAGAGACCGUCCUGAGUUUUAAUUUUUCACGGUGGAAUGGUAUGUAAGUUGGGAACAGAAUUAUAAUUCGUAUCUUCUCCACACCUCUGUUGGGAAAAAGACCACGUUUUUUGUAUUUUUUAUCAGCGUUCAGUCCUGGAUUCACCUCCUUCCAAAACAGUGUGGAGGUAUACUCUCAUUAGUUUUUGCUCAAAACCUCUACGGAACUCUGUUUUCUUCAGAAACUACGGAACUUUAUAUGUCGCGUUUCACCAAGCUCGGUCAUGGCAUACGAAUAUGGUCAAAUCGCCUACGCUAUACAACUAAAGCACUAAACAUGAUUUGAUUUCUAUAGUUAUAUUAUAAGUUUCUUAACUUAUCAAGAUAGCUUUUAUCGAUAAUUCCACUCAUAUCUGGUCAACGUACACGGUUUGACCAUGUUUAAAUCUCUUGGACAGAGCUUGGUUGAACCUGGAGAAUAGUUUCCUGUAAAACUCUCUCUACGGAACCUAUAAAAUUCUUUAGUACCCUCUUUACAAAACUUGUAGUUUUUUUUAGAACUCUGUACAAAAAUUAGAGCUCUAUUUAGAAAAUACUACUGAACUAAUCCAUUACCUUCACUUCGUUCAGAUUCCAAUUUCUUGAUAGAUUUCUUUUAAAACCGCAAUCAAAGAACAUUUUUCCUCAAUUUUCCGAUCCUAGAUUUGAUUUUCCGAAUCACCUUGUUUGAGACGAACAUGUUUUGAAAAUUUCCUGUCCUUCCUUACCUUUGGUCCUUUUUUCCUCACUAGGAAUUGAUCGUAAGAUUGCUUAAGCGAACAAAAAUAAUGUCAUUCUGAAUGGGUAUUUUGUUAAUAUUUCAAAUGUAAAUUAACAUCAACAUUCAAACUUUCCUUACCUUCUGUAUCCUUUCCCAAGAGUUUCUCCUUUGAACAAAAUAUUUUUCCUUGAACCUAUAAUUGUUACACAUCUUACUGGGAAACAUGUUCGCUUCGGAUAAGGUGAUGAAUGUGUGUAAUUUUCAUUUUUUUCUGAACUUUGAAACUAAAUUCCGUAAUCUUCAACUUUUUGUUACUGCAUAAUGAACUUUGAAACUAAAUUCCGCGACCUAACCUGAAAUUUCAAAUAUCAGCAAACUUUCGAUUGUGUAUCAAUUUUAUUUAUCUCUUUCAAUUUGAUGAACUUGUUAGAAUUAUUUAAAUUUGAUAAGUCAAUUCAAUUUUUUUAUCAUACAUUCGACUUGGUGAAAUAUCACCCAGGAGAGAAGAUUACAUCAAAUUGAAAAUCAAAAUAGAAUCAUUAGUUUGUUUUCCUUUUUUUUUCAUUUUUUGUGGCCUAUAUAAAAUUUUCUUGGGGAUUAGUAUCUUUGCAUCAAUGAAACUAAAAUAAUAAAAUCCUUCACUUAUAUCUCAGUUACUAUAAAAUAAGACGUUGUCUUACUUUGAGCUAACAUGAAAGAAUUAUUAAUUAUUUCAUACUAGAUUUCCUCUUGGGAAAUCUGGUCUGAAACAAUAUUGAAUAAUUUGAUUAAUGGCAAAUACUCUUGAAGUCCAAUUCUAUUCAAAUCAUUGUCUACUCAUAAUUAUGAUGGAAACCUUCUUUUUUUUUUAAAAAUGCAUAGUGAAUGAUAAGGAUAAUAAAUCCUUUUUUAAUUGAAUCAUAUUUGAAAAACAAAACAUUUCAAGCUGUCUGUCAGUUCAAGAUUAAUAAUUUGUCUUAUCUCCCACAUACGGGCUUCAUGUCUAUGUCGGAAGAUUCAUCAGAAAUCAAAACAAUUUUAGAACUAUUUUAAUGAAUUUAAAAUGACAUGCCAAAUCAACAAGUUAUCAAUUUGAAGUUUCUUCAGAUUGGUAGUUUUUGAAAAUUCAUUUUUAAAUCAAUCUUUUUCUUGCAUAUUCUUCAUUCUGUUACAAUUUACUUGGACUUUUUUAUGAAAUCCUGAUGAUCCAUGAAGUUAUACCCUGGUGGUUUCUGAAUCCUUACUGAUGGAUUCCCAUGAGGUAUCCGAUUGGAUCUCAAGAUUUAAUCGUAAUAGAAAUUUAUGGAAUAAUGUUCAAUAUUAAUUUGUUUCUCUGAAUGAAUUUAUUUGAUUUUUUGGGGGAUUUUAUCCAUGUUUAUGUAGCUCGAAACAUGUCAAGUAAAGCAAGGUGUAAUAGAAAGAAGAAUUGCAAGAUGUUUUUUGAUUUUAUGACAAUUCAUUUCUUGAAAGUCUUUUAUACUCGCUUUAAAAAAAAACAUAAAAAAUUUGCAGUAGUUUUAAAAGUUAAAUAUAAUUGAAAUUUGAUCAAAUAAGAGUGUAAAGUAACUUCAAAUCAAUUCAAAAUCUUCUUCACACUAAAGCAAUAUAGAUUAAUAUGUAAUGAAUAUCUGUUCGAAUGUACAAGAAAUAUUGAUUAAUUUUGUCAUUUUAAUUUUGAAAAUAAAAUAUCUCUGGGGAAAGAUAAUAUUUUUGGGAAAAAAAGAAGAAAAAGAGAAAAUAUUCUGAAGUCUUACUUAACAGUUCACUUAAUUUGAAUUAGUCAUUAAAUCUUUGCUGAGUUUUCACUUGAUAAUCCACCCAUUUUUACAUUUUAUUCUAGGAAAAUGAAUUAAAAUUUAGCAUUCCCAAUAUUUUUUAUUGGGAUAAACUUGAAAUAAUGUAACUUAUAUGUUAACUUAGUAAGUAAGGUAUCUCAUCGCACAUGUUUGAUAAUGUAUAAAGCUUGCAUGAUUUUCACGAUAAUAACUUGAUCUUUGGUUAAAAUCUUCAAGUUAUUAUGGUAUCUUUCAUCUUGUCAAUUUAAAAAAAAAUUUAAUUCUCUUCAAUGUUUGAUUCCAUUACGAACUGCUUGUUUAAAUAAUCACUUUGAACAAUUAAUUACGACAUAGCAGUCAGGUAUGUGGAGGCAUGCUUUUCUAACCUUAAAUACCAACGACCUGAAGUGUAUGGAGUCUGCUCGUCUGGCUGAAUAAUACUCUUCAAUGUUUGAUUCCAUUACGAACUGCUUGUUAAAUAAUCACUUUGAUACCUGACUGCUAUGUCGUAAUUAAUUGUUCAAAGUGAAAUUUUAAUUGUUGAAAUAUCAAUAGUCUCAAUAUACUUUGAGCUUGUUAAUUUGUCUUAAAACUAAUUAUUCUUAAACUGUGAGUAUUUAAUUCAAGAAUUGAUACUUUCCUGAAUAGAAUCAGGAUAUUCCGAAAAUCAAUCCUGUCUAAUUUAUGAAUAUUGUAAAAAAUGUCAGUCAGAUUUCACUUAUAAGUAUGCGAGAAAAAUAGUUUCUCUUCCACAUAAAAUUCAUUGUUUGUUCAAAAAACAUAAGGAACCAUUUUCCAUUUUCCCUCUCCAUAUAAGAAGGAAAGUUGAAAAUGAGAUCUUUUGUUUCAUGUAACCUAUUUCAUUUUUGUGUAUCAUACCUUCUUUUAAGUAGUCUGUAUUCAUAAUUCUUAUGCUGAACGUAGACUUUCGAAAUUCAAAGUACAAACUCUGUAAUUUUUUAUAUUUCAUGAGAUUGUGAUUGUAAUUAAACUGUUUUGUAUAUAAUAAUAUGGAGUUGAAAGAUAGUCUAUAUAUUAAGAAAGUAAUAAUUAAAAUAAUAUAUAAAGUGAGAUUUUUAUAUGUAUCACAUAUUUGUAAUAAUCAACCAGUAAUAACUAUUCAAUACUAAUCUUCAAUUUUUAUUUCUACUUUUUUUUCUUCAGAUUUUCAUUUAUCUAUUUAAAAAGAGAAACUGUACAUUUUCAAGAGAAAUUUGCUCUACAAUAAUCAGCUUAUAUUUAAAACUAUAAUCAGCUUAAAUUACUCAUAUUUUGCAUUUGACUCAACACUGAAGCGUUACCAGAGGAGAGUUCUGUUGUCAGGUUUUUCUCUUUUUGGAAAAACCGUUGGAAAAACCGGGCGACCACUUUCCCACACAACAGAUGAGAUUUCAGUUUUGACAUGAAAUUUCGACGACGAAGUAUCAGAAUCGGAAGAAGCACUGUGUUAGUGUAUACUACACAGUACUACAGUGCAAUUGGUCAAUAAGAAGAGACCUUGCUGAUUUUCUACAAGAUACGUCCAGUUUCUCCAUUUUGUUUUUCAAAAAUCUCAUGGAAUGUAGUUUCAAUCUAAUUGAAAUGCACCAAUGGGAAGAGAAGACAACUAAUGGAUGGAGAAUUAAACAGGUUACAGGUAAGUAUAAUGAGUCGAAUGCAAAAUGUUUUCAUUUGAACAAAAGGGUCCAAGAUUCCCAUAACUUACGAAAGCAAUCAUUAGUUUUAUACCAUCUAAAUCUAUUGCUGGUUGAUUAAUUCGAUUAAUUACUGUGUUUUUCCUUUUCCUCUAAACUCAUUUCAUGAGUUAUUGAUAUUAUUGUGAUAACAAUUUUAUAUUAUUAUAUUUUAAUCAAUCUCCUAACAUUUGUUAAAAAUGUUAACCUCUGUUCCCUCCAAAGUAGAAAAAAUUCCAUUCCUUUGAUUAUCCCUACCUGACAUAACCAUAUAAUAGGCUCGAAUAUAAAAAUUGUAUUUUUAGCGUAAAAGUAUGUUUUUAAUUACUUAUUUUGUAUAUUGGAGGCUAUAAAUGAGAUGUAUCUUUAUUUUGUCAGAAAUUGUAUCAUUAUACCUAGGCUUGCAAGAUAUUAUGAAUAUACAUUUAAAAAUUUAUUCCAAUAACAAAUUAUCAUUUCUCAACAGUUGUUUUUAAAAUGUAUUUUUUCAUUGCUUUUAAUGAAACAAUAAUUGUGUUAGGUCCUAGAAAAAUUCUGAAAUUAUGAGCAGCUAUGGAAUACUACUUUUAGUUUGAUUUGUGUUUAUUACAUAAGUAAUUAUCAAUUUUGAGUUUGUAAUGGUCUUAGUUCAGUAGGUAGCUAAAAUGUCUCAUUUAUGCAGAGAACUAUGUAUAUAUUUUAGAAUAGAAAGCAUUUUAUCAUUUCUAAAAGCCUUAUCAAUACUGAGUUAUUGAUAAUCAUGUAAACAUAUUGUUAUGUAUGAAAGCUAAAUAAAAACUGUAUGAAAACUA